AUGGCACCCUGCCAGCGAUGCCGCGUGGGAAACAGGAGUGGACGAGGACAGGGAUGGUGCAGCAACCCACAAUGCCGCCAAGCCGAAAAGGAAGAGCGGUUCGCCCAGCAGAGCGCAGAGAAAAGAGCUCGGCAGCAAGAGCGAGCAGCACAAGGAGCAGGCAGCCGUGGACCUGUUUCUAUUGCAAUGAGCAUGCGAGGAAAGAAGCGUGAGCUGCAGGCCAAGAGGGCGGAGGAGGGAGUGGGCAGCCGUGGACCCAUGCCUGGCUCAGGGGGACGCCCAGAAGAAGCAGAAAGUGAACGGACACAGAGGCGCGAGCUGCAGGCUGAGAGGGCGGAGGAGGGAGUGGGCAGCCGUGGACCCAUGCCUGGCUCAGGGGGACGCCCAGAAGAAGCAGAAAGUGAACGGACACAGAGGCGUGAGCUGCAGACCGAGAGGGCCAAGGAGGGAGUGGGCAGCCGUGGACCCAUGCCUGGCUCAGGGGGACGCCCAGAAGAAGCAGAAAGUGAACGGACACAGAGGCGUGAGCUGCAGGCCGAGAGGGCCAAGGAGGGAGUGGGCAGCCGUGGACCCAUGCCUGGCUCAGGGGGACGCCCAGAAGAAGCAGAAAGUGAACGGAAACAGAGGCGUGAGCUGCAGGCCGAGAGGGCCAAGGAGGGAGUGGGCAGCCGUGGGCCCAAGCCUGAGGAAGACAGCUAUCGAACACACAGGCGCGAGCUGCAGGCCGAGAGGACCGAGGAGGGCAUGGGUAGCCGCGGGCCAAAGCCUGUUGCAACAGAGCUCCAGCAGCAAGGCUAUCCCUUUCCAGACGAGGAUGUGCUGAGUCCCGAACGUGCACAGGCCGACUACCAUGCCUUCACUCGAAGCUGGGGAAGGUUCGGAUUGUCCAGGAUAUGUGAGGAAUGCCGAAUCUUCACGACAGGCAAGUACUGCAGACCGGCCAAAUCGACAGGAAAGAUGUUGUGCAAGGAUUGUCGAGAAAAGAUUGCCAAGAUCCUCUUUCCGAUCCUGCCACCCAUCCCGGAGGCGCUCCAACAUCUCCAGCCCAUCGAGCAGCACCUGAUCGCCAUGGCCCGAAUCUCCCAAGUGUUGCUCGACAAGCUACCUUCGGGCGGCCCGAGCGCUCAAUGGGGCCGAAUGUAUGCAGUGCUGGUGGACGACCCCUUCAUCUGCGACGUCCUGGAAGGAGCCACACUUGAGGAAGACGGCACCGUCCUGGUGGAAGGAGUGCAGGGCAAGACCGCUUCCCCAGCUCGUCUCGACUGCUUACACAAGGCCUUGCAAGAGCUGAAAACGCAGCACCGCCUCUACCAGGCAAACCCGGCAGUGGACAGAGCCUUGACAAGAAUGGAAAGCAUCCUGGCUGGAAAAGCGCAGCCAUGCACAAGCGCAGCAGCAACGACAGCCCACGAAGCCUCCCAAGAGCGCCAAACGGGGGAGUCCGGUGGCUCACACUCCUCGGCCUUGGGGGGCGAAGCGCAACACUCGGAAGACGCAGUGGCCUCUGUUGAAACGAUGGAAGAGAAGGAAGACAAGCUGCAGAUGACGUACCUGAUCCCCAAAGAGCUGAAAGCGCCCAGAGCGGAAACCGUGGAGCUACAGAAAGCCCGGGGCACGGCGGAGCUCACUGACGACAUGGACGUGAAGUUCUUCCCACACCUAUUUUCCACGGGCACAGGCGGAUGGCAGAAUGGAUAUGGCAGCUUCUCCCAGUACGCUCGCAAGCGUCUUCUCGGCUCGGACCCGCGUUUCGAGUCAUCACCGGCCUACAUCAUGUGGCUUCUCGAAAUGCACCUGAAGAAGCGUCUCUCCGGCAACAUCAAUGUGAGGAUCGGCAACCAGCAGGCUCCAGGUGGGAAGACCAAAUACCAAGAGGGCAAAGGUCAGGUGUUUACAGCCCUGAGGGACAUCCCCGGCACCAGCUCAUACGUCUACGCAAAGAAGAACGUUGCGCUGAACAUGUAUGAGCAACUGGGAGUGCCCAAGUUUUUCAUGACGCUCUCCUGUCAUGCCCGGCAACCCGACAUCCUGAUCGCAGUCAUCACAGCCCGGCUCCUACGGCUGCAUCCUGAGAGGCCGCCGGAAGAGCUUGAGCGCCAAGCCGCGGAGAUACUGCAGUGCUAUCAAGCCGACGUGAAAUUCACGUGGGACGGCCUGUCGCCAAACCAGCUCUGCAAUCAGCACCCUGCCAUCGUAGCGCGACAGUUCAUGCACCAGCUGACCCAGUUGAUGUAUUGGCUAUCUGCCGAGCACGACGCCAAGACCCACCUUCACGAGGAUGCAGAUGCCGAGGAUGAGCCGGAGAGAACGCCACACAAAGCAGAGGAUGAUUUCGUCCAGGCGCCAGCUACAGACUCUGCAGGCCAGCACCGCGGGGUCCGCAAGGAGCGCCCGCCGUUCAAGGUCGUGGAUUACCUCAUCCGCAUCGAGUGGCAAAAGAGGGGCUAUCCGCAUGCUCACAUCCUGCUCUGGGUGCUGGAAUGGGAGAAGCCCAACCAAAAGGCGAAGGUCCCGUCCGAAAACGAGGAGACAGAAGCAAAGCCGCAAGGUCCCGACUGGUCGGAUGAGGAGGCCAUGGACAAUUUCACCCCUACGUGUGCUGAGGACUGGAGCGAUAAAUACAUCGUCACCAAAAGUCCGGGCAGUUGGCGCAAGUCCACGAAAGUUUCGUCCCGGGACAAGGAGCUCAACGCAAAACUGGCCGAAUUCCUGGUGCACAAGCACACCGAAUAUUGCGGCAUCAAGACGGACGGCGCUUGCCGUUUUGGAUUUCCGCACGGCCCAGAAGAGCGGACCAGGCGCAGAAGCUCUCAGGAGAAGUACGCCAAUAGCCGCUGGAAAAGCAGCCUCGCCACGAGACGGGUAGAGUCCGACAAGAUGAUGGGCCAGUACAACAUCAAGAUCCUCCGGCGGUGGCGGGCCAGCAUGGACCUCCAAGUGAUCUGCGAGUUGACAAGCGCCAGCCGCUACAUUCUCGGCUACGCUUUGAAAUCGGAGCAGGACCAGGAGGCGCAGCGGCGCAUGGAGAGGAUCGUUGCCAGCCUUACCUCCAGCAACGCAGAUGGCGCCGGCCUCGGUAACCAGCAGAUCUACAAGGCCGCGCACGCAGCGCUGCAGGGCAGGACCACAUCCACUUUUGAAGCGUGCCACCUGCUGUUGGGAUUCCCCAUCGUCGAGUUCUCCAGAGACAACGAAUGGAUCCAAGUGGGACCUCCCGAGACGUGGACCCUGUCGGUGCCCAAGUCCGAGGAGAGCAGGGCCCUGCAACGACCGGACAGCUAUCGUCGCAGCAAGCUGGAUCGAGAUGGAUACAUGCCCGCGGCGCAACGCUGGUACCGAGAGAUGCAGAAGGCCUUCAGCGAGCAAGAGGUGGAAAUUCCCGUGGAAGGUGGCAUGCCCACGACGUGUCAAUUCCGGGACGUGAACUUCCUGGACUUUUGCGCGGCCUUCAAGUACAUUGGUGUAGAUUUCCCGCAGCCACGGAAGCGCCCGGCCAUAGUGGCCUACCGCAAUUUCAGCCCCGACCAGGAGCCAGAAGCCUUUUACUACUCCAGACUGAUGCUGUACACUGUGUGGAAAGAUCCGGGAGAUUGGCUGCGAGACGAGGACAAUGGCAGUCACGCUGCAGCCUUUCGGCGCCUCGCCCAGGAUGUCGGUGGCCACCCAGACUUCCUCCGGUCGAAGUGCUUCCCACAAAUGGACGGAACCGUGAACGCUGCUCGGAAGUUGCAGGCCGUCCAAGCCGCCAUGUACAUGAGAGCACGGAUGCAUCCGGCACACUUGCGGGAUGGCUGGGCCAAUAGCAAGGUGGCCCAAGACAACUACGAGGACUCUUUGAAGAUUCUCGAGGCACUGAAGGAGCGGCACGGGGACGACAUAGACUUCGUGGCGCCAGACCAC